AUGGCGGCGCGGCGCGGCCCGGCGCCCGGCGCGCUGCUCUGCGCGCUCGUGGCGUGGGCGGCGGGCGCGGCGGGCGGCGGGCGGGCCGCGCCGCACCUCAGCGACGACAUCCCCUUCAGGGUCAACUGGCCCGGCACCGAGCUCAGCCUGCCCACAAGCGGUGUUCUGUACAAAGAGGAUAACUUCAUCAUCAUGACCACUGUGGAUAAAGAAAAAUAUAAAUGUAUUCUUCCGCUCAUAUCCAGUGGCAAUGAGGAAGAAGAGAAGGACUACAAAGGCCCUACUCCAGGAGAAUUGUUGGAACCCCUUUUUAAGCAAAGUAGCUGUUCGUACAGAAUUGAAUCUUACUGGACUUACGAAGUCUGCCAUGGAAAACAUAUCCGUCAAUAUCAUGAAGAGAAAGAAACUGGUCAAAAAAUAAACAUCCAAGAAUACUAUCUUGGGAAUAUGAUGAUAAAGAACCCACUGUCAGAACCAGAUCAAGAAGAAAAGGAAAAUCCAAAAGAGAGUGCAAAAGAGAUACCUACAAAAAAUAUAGAAGGGCAGAUGACCCCGUACUACCCUGUAGAAAUGGGAAACGGCACUCCUUGCAGCUUGCGACAGAACCUGCCCCGAUCCAGCACGGUGAUGUACAUCUGCCACCCAGAGGCUAAGCACGAGAUCCUCUCCGUAGCCGAAAUCACCACCUGUGAAUAUGAAGUGGUUAUACUGACCCCUCUGCUUUGCAGCCAUCCUAAAUACAGGUUCAGGGCUUCCCCUGUGAAUGACAUCUUUUGCCAGUCACUACCAGGAUCCCCACUUAAACCCCAUAACCUGGAACAGCUGGAGAAACAGCAAGAAUUGAUGAAGAUGCCUUUUAGAAGAGUUAAGGAGGAAGAAAUGCAUUCAACAAAAGAAGAGAAGUUUUCUUCCAUCCAUAAACCAGUUGCUGUUGGAAACCACCAACUCUUGACUGUGGGAACAACCCAUAUCUCCAAACUGACUGAUGACCAACUUAUAAAGGAGUUUCUUAGUGGUUCCUACUGCUUCCAUGGGGGGGUUGGUUGGUGGAAGUACGAGUUCUGCUAUGGCAAAUACGUGCACCAGUACCACGAGGAUAAGGAAAGCGGGAAGACCUCUGUGGUUGUGGGUACGUGGAACAGGGAGGAGCACAUCGAGUGGUCCAAGAAGAACGCGGCCAGGACCUACUAUCUCCGAGAAGACGGCACGCAGACAGUUAGGAUGGUGUCUCAUUUCUAUGGAAACGGAGAUGUGUGUGACUUAACAGACAAGCCAAGGCAGGUGACUGUGAAGUUGAAAUGUAAAGAAUCUGAUUCCCCGCAUGCUGUAACCAUAUACAUGUUAGAGCCUCAUUCUUGCCAAUACAUUCUUGGGGUGGAGUCUCCAGUCAUCUGUAAGAUUCUGGAUACAGCAGAUGAAUAUGGGCUCCUGUCGGUGCCCAGCUAGAGAGCAGCGAGAGCCGUGAGGGAAGGCAGAGAGGCAGCAGCGCCGCGGCCCUGCUCCCCGCCAGCGCCGUCCUGCGAGGCACCGCCGCAAAGCCAAGCUGCAGGCAACCAACCUCACACCAGCAGGACUCUGUCAGAKGGGGACUCGUGAACCACUUUGUGUAUAACUAUGUGUAUAUAAGAGGUUAUUGAUAAACUUUUAACAAUUAAAAUCCUGUCUUGCACUUCCUGUUUGACUUGUGUAUGAGGAGUUCUGACACCGUCGCCCUUAUUGAGGUGUAAAUUAUCACUCUGGAGACGCAGACAAGACCCAGCUUCAUGUGACAAGUUCAGCUGCCAGCAGCAAGGACGGAAGAGGGAAACCACGUUCUGCUCAAGAGCCUUCAGCAGCCACUAGAAGACCACGA